AUGUCUUCUUCAUCUACUAAUACUAAGUCAAGUGGUUUCGGUAUAACAAUACAUCAUGCAGGUCAAAAUGCUGACAAUUCACUUGCACCAUCGCCAUCAGGUGGUAGUGGAGAUCCUUUGAAGCAAACAACACAAAAAUCUGAUGGUCAACAUGCAGCAAAUGAAUCAAAUAAACAAGAAGCAAUAAAUGAAGAUGAUAUUAAAAAUAAUAAACCAUAA